AGGGAGGCAGAUGCCGGCCGCUUCUGCAGGGUCGGACCUGCUGCUGAGAUACUUGGCACUUUGAUGACGUCUUGCGUUGCAGAGAUGUGAAUUUUGCUGAAUCUUGAGCAGAGUUCUUAACUGCCCGGUUAUGGAAGAGAAUUGUGGGGUUAUGAGCCCUUUUGAAGUUGGCAGUUCAGAGACGGAGAAUAAAGAAUUGUGUGUUUUGGAUGCAGAAAAGAAGGGGGGAGAUAAGGAAAGGGAGCCUCCGAGAAGGAAAACUAAAUUAAACCCGAUGAAGAAUAAAGCAUCUCCUUCUUUGGCCAAAGAUCACCCUGGUCGGCUCGCCAGUCUGGGAGAAAACGACAAAGGACAUGGAACGGAAAUCUUCCUUCAGCGCCAGAAAAGUUUCCAUUCGGACUCCAACCUCAUAGCUCAUUGCACCAGCUACGUCAAGGAGCAGCCCUUCAAAUGCGAGAAGUGCGGGAGGAGUUUCGGCUUGAGCAUGCACCUCAGCGCCCAUCGGCGGAUGCAUGCGCAGGAGAAGCCCUUUAAAUGCUCCCAGUGUAGCAAAAGUUUCGGCGCCAUAACUAGCCUCGCCAGUCACCAGCGGAGCCACACGGGAGAGAAACCCUACAAGUGCUCAGAGUGCGGCAAGAGCUACGCUUCCGGCACCAGCAUGGCUUACCACCAGAGGACGCAUCGCGGGGAGAAACCUUACAAGUGCUUGGAAUGCGGCAUCGGCUUCAGCUUGAGCACCAGCCUCAUUUCCCACCAGAGGAUCCACACGGGGGAGAAACCCUACAAGUGCCUGGAGUGCGGGAAGAGCUUCCGGGUGAGCACAAGCCUCACCUCCCACCAGCGCAUCCACACGGGGGAGAAGCCCUACCGGUGCUCGGAGUGCGGUAAGAGCUUCUGCGUGAGCACGAACCUCACGUACCACCAGAGGACGCACACGGGGGAGAAGCCCUACAGGUGCUUGGAGUGCGGGAUGGGCUUCUGCCUGAGCACCAGCCUCACCUACCACGAAAGGAUCCACACGGGGGAGAAGCCCUACCAGUGCCUGGAUUGCGAGAUGAGCUUCCGGCGGAGUUCGGAUCUCAACACCCACCAGAGGAUCCACACGGGGGAAAAACCCUACCAGUGCAUGGCGUGCGGGAAGAGCUUCCGGGUCAGCUCCAGCCUCACUUCCCAUCAGAGGACCCACACGGGGGAGAAACCCUAUACCUGCUCGCAGUGUGGGAAGAGCUUCAGCAGGAGCACACACCUCAACGCUCACCAACGGACCCACAGGGCAGCAGCCGUGGGAAUACUUAAGUCUGGAUACGCCUGAGAGCAGGUCUCAUUGAGGAAUUCUCUCAAGACACAACCCCCCCUCCCCCAAGCUUUGAAUGUAUGGAACGAGAUUUAAUUUUUAGUAGACCGUAUUAAUGUUAGAAGUGGUGCGGUGGCCUAGGGGUGGAGCGCUCGCCUCACAAUCAGGAGGCUG